AUGAAUCACACUCUGAUUUUACCCUGUGGCAGGGAUCACUCCUUUGAUGGCCUCAAAAAAUCCAAGCAUGCCCCAACGUCCCUUGCUGUGGGCCAGCUCUCUGAUGUGCUGAAUGGGGGUGAUGAAGUCUAUGCUAACUGUAUGGUGAUUGAUCAGGUUGGCGAUUUGGACAUCAACUAUAUAAACAUAGAGGGACUCUCUGCCCAUACCAGCCCCGAAUCCAUGAGGUCCACUCUGGGGCCUGAGGCUUGCAAGCACAUCCUUCCUCCUGCCAGCAGUCCCUGUGGGCAUCCAUUCAGUGAGGACAGUGAGGGGACAGCGGACACUGCAGCCCUGCAGCCCUGCACCUCACUGGCCGGUUCCCACACUUCUAAUCUGAACCUCUCUUUCGGUCUUCAUGAAUUUGAAAAGGAGCAGAGUCAGCUCAAGAAAAGAAGUUCCAGCCUGGAUGCCCUGGUUGCUGACAGUGAAGGGGAAGGACACUCUGAGCCCCCCAUCUGCUAUGCUGUGGGCUCUCAGAGUUCCUCGAGAACCGGGCUUCCCAGUGGGGAUGAACUGGAUUCUUUCGAGACCAACAUGGAACCAGACUGUAACAUCUCCAGGACUGAGUCACUUUCUCUCUCAAGUACUCUGCAUUCCAAGGAGUCCCUGCUUUCGGGGAUUCGCUCACGUUCAUAUUCCUGCUCAUCACCCAAAAUCUCUUCCGGAAAAUCCCGGCUAGUGCGUGAUUUCACAGUGUGCAGUUCAGGUGAAGAACAGAGAUCAUACAGUUUUCCAGAGCCACCAGGAGAAAAAAG